AUGGCGGGUCUCCCCCUCUCGUCGUACAGCUUCGAUCAUGUCAUUCUCCUGCUCGAUACUGCGGACUUUGAAAACCCGCCGGAGUGGUUAACCAAGAAUUUCACCAUCAUCGAGGGCGGGACGCAUGCCGGCGGCUCUUCGCGCAACAAACUCGUCGUCUUUCCUGACGGGACAUACAUCGAACUGAUCAACUGGGUCACCGAACCGAAAGAGUUCUUCGACUGGGCCAACAAACCCCCGGGGCUGAUCGAUUUCGCGCUCACGACACCCACUUCGGCGUACGAAACGUUCAACGAGGUCACCCAACGAUUAGAAUCCGAAGACGGACACGGCGGACGUGGAGACGGCGGGCUGGGCGUCAAAUACAAGGAUCCUCUCCCCGGCGGCCGGAAACGCAAAGACGGACAGGACGUCAAAUGGCACGUCACCAAGCCAUCACUCGACAAUGACGCGCCUAACCUCCCCAUGCCGCUGGACAAGUUCUUCCCCAAAGGACGUCUGGAUACGCCGUUCUUCUGCCACGACGUCACGGACCGGGCGUUGCGUGUCCCGUAUGCUGAGAAGGACAUCUCCGAGACGCAUCCCUGUGGUGCGCGGGGGAUUGUUUCCGUCGAGGUGGUCGUGCCGGAAGAGAAGAUGGACAGUUACAUUCGCUUGUACGGCUCUGUGCUGGGCGUCGAGGCGAGCGUCCACGGCGGCUAUCGGUACUCUCCGACCACCAGUGUGAGUUUCCCGCUGAGCACGCCGAAUGCAGACGAACCGGCGAUGAAGGCGCUCAGGGGCAGGGUGGGUGUUGAGAUUCGGGCGCCCAGGGACCAAGAUGAUGAAGCCUGGGUGCGGGAGCGAGGCGUGGGGAUCAGAGAAGUGCGAAUCUUUGCAGAGGCGAAAGGCGAGGAUGAAGUGGACGAGGCGCCGCUUGACAGCGAAGGCAUUGGAGCGAGCUUGGUCCUGGUCAAGGAGCCCGUGGGGUUCUGGCAGGAAGGACCCCGAUGA